AUUUAUAUGGUGACAUUAGUAUUGACAUACUUUAUGUGACUAUAUGUUUUGCAGGAUGUCGGGUGGGCCUAUCAACUCCGCGCGUAGUCGCAGCACAUCAGAGAGACAAGGACGUCACAACUCUGUAGAUCUUGCAUGUGACGUUACCCCAGUAUUGGACGCGGGGCAUACUCGGUCUAUUAGUCCACAAGGUUCCAUUCAUGCAGCAGCCUCAUCCCAUAAUGGAAAGCAGAAGGAAAGAGGUCCGAACAAACCAAAAAGGGCUGCAAGAAGAGCAGAUGAAAGACCAUUUAUACAAAUUUCGCAUAAAGGCACCUUCUUGGAUGUUGAAGUCCCCAGAUUGAUUACGACCCUAUGGAAGAGGGUUUAUGAUGGUGAUUACUUCACCUUUGACUUGUUCCCAGAACAGAAAAGGCUGCAAGUGUGGGAGUUGUUUAAGACACAUUAUCAAUGGGGUUUAGAGGAUGAGGAUGCAGUCCCAAAAGCGUUCUUAAGAUCAAUGAAGAAAGGAUGGGGCGAUAAUAUGAAGGAUGAACGGGAAAAGUGGCGUGCAAACGGUGAGUAUAGGCCGGUAUGGGUGCCUGAGCACCUAUGGCCUACAUUAUGCGCUUAUUGGGAUUCUGCUGAGUUUCACAAUCUUAGCGAGAGGGGGAAGAAAAACCGAGUAUCUGGGGAACGAGUUACACACACUACAAGAUCAGUAAGUUUUGAUGUACAUGAAGAACGGAUGACCAAAGCUGCUGGGGGGGUAAGGCUAGCACACCAAGAGCUAUACAAGGAAACACAUACUUUACGAAAAGGUGUCCCCAAAGGACAAGAAGCUCUAUGGUGUGGCGACAAACAUAAGACUCGGCAUGAUACAUACGUCAGUGAGUGCUCUGCUAUAUAUGGCUCGAACUCAGCAUCAUGGCUACCUCGGGACAAUGACGCUUGGGCAACUGCUGUUGGGGGAUGCCACAGCACUUUCAUGCCAAGAAUUGGUUCACAAGUAAACCCAAAGGAACUUGGGUUUACAUAUAGAAAACGACAACCAACGGGGACUUCAUAUGUGAGCCUAAUGAUAUCAGACAUGGUUGAAAAACAAGCCAAAGAUAGGGAGGCAAUGCAAAUGAUGCGAGACGAAAUAGGUGCCUACGGGAUGCGCCCUCCUACUGCUACCCCAUCAUUGCCUCACACUGGGCAAGCAUUUCCUCAUGUAGGGACAUCAUUCCCUACUUCUGGGCCAUCGUUUCAUGCUGGUGGGCCAUCGUUUCCUCAUGCAAUGCCAAUGCAAAUGCCAAUAGAACCUACAUUCCCCAUGGGCCAAAUGGGGAGACAAUCAGGAUCUCCAGGUACAUCUUCAGCCAAUCCCCCACAAGAUGAUUAUGGUUACCAGCCGAGAUUUGAUACAGAUUACCAAGGUCCAUUUGGGCCGGAAUGAUCAGUGUGCAUGAGAUUGCGAACGCAAAACUUGGCAUGUUCUUGAUACUUGAGGAAAAUACUUUUAGUUUCUGGGUUUGUGAUUUGAACUUGUUAGGACAUGUGUGUAUAUGUCAGUUGGAAUUGAAUGGUUUGUGGUAAUAUUAACUGUAUUAUUAUGACUUGCAAGUUUAGAAUAUGUAAAUAGUCAUGUUAAAUGUUGCACGUGGUACUUAUAUACUUAUCUUUUAAUUUAUGAUUAUGAGAUGAUGAAAUGAUAUAAGUCGUACAUAUUUAUAAUAAUGUGAUGAAUUGAAA